AUGCAAGGUAUCGAAAACAAAGUGAUAAUGGCCGAAAAGACAGAUCAAGAUAACCCACCUCCACCUGUAGAAGAACCUGGCCAAGCUAUGGACAAACCCCCAGAACCUAAACCCAACCUAAUAGACAAGCUUGUAAUAAUUUUUGCCGAAACAAAAACACAUAGUCCUCGAUUCACAUUGCCGGCAUUCAUGAAAGCUCCACCUAAUGAGUUGUACCGACGAUUGCUACCAGCAAUGCUCUUCGUUUUGACAUUUGUGACUGUCAUGACGAUGCUCUUAAUUUACAUGGACACAGUUGCAUUAGGAGCGCAACAGUUCCGCUUAAACAUGACCCGUGACUAUGAGCUGGCUCGUAUAGGUCAGGGCUCGGCAGCAUUGAUCGCCUAUGUCAGACAACUACAUUUGACUGCUCGUUCCAAACCUCAAGAUGUUGUUACCACACCUACAGAGCAGGUGAAGGUUUUGGAUUCCAUUUUUGGAGAGGAAUUGUACAAUGGCACAUUUGUGGAGUGGAUGGCUUCUGGUGGACGAUGGCAAAGCACCAGCUAUCUGGAAUCAGCACGGGGCUGGUCAGGACUGGUGGCCAGGGCGGCACCUCAGGACUAUUUCGCACUCCGAGCUGCGAGGACUCUGCACGCCUGUCUGAGCCCGAACCAACACCCCAGGGAGAUAAGUUACGAGGAGGAAGGGUUCUGGACCCGCGUGCUGUGCCUGCCGCUGUACACGGUGCUGGCCGCCGCCGAGCUGAGCGCGUGCCGCUACGUGGUGCUGGACGCGCCGCCCGCCCUGCGCGUGCUGCCCUUCCGCAGCCUGCAGCUACAGGUACUGGAAGUGAUACAAUCAGACCCUGAAAUACGCAAUCAAACAACAAAUUUUCUCCUGUCAAAGAAUUACACAGUUGCAGCUACCUUCAAGGAUAGUAUUAUGUACUCUUUAAAGACAAAUUAAUAGGGCGGACUCAGGACCAUCUUGGGUGACCUGUUCACAAACCAUUAAGUUAUUCCCGAAUGAUAGAGUGAGUAUACACGUUUGGCUUACAUACAGCAUCCUCAUCUAAAGAAGUAAGUUAAGAAAGAAAAAAAAAACUAUUCCUAAAAAUAUUAAUAUUUUACACCAUCUAGUUUCAUUGUUUUGUAGCAACGUUGCAUUUUCAUUGUACAGAUUGCAGCUUCAACAUAUUGAAAUUGAAAAUCAGUAUUUUGUCAUUUAGUUUCAUAGUUAAAAAAAUAAUGUUAUGAACAUAACGUUUGUACUCAUAUUAGUCUAUCAACUAAAUAUUAAAUAAAUUUUAAAUUACUUAUUGUUGUACAAAGAUGGUAGUUUCAAAAAUGAAAUAAUAAUAUUUGAUUUGUCCACUCACUGUAUCUGUUAUAGAUUAUUUCUACAAUAGAUUAAUUACUGAUGGUCUGAUUAGUGUAACUGUGAUUUUUAUAUUACUACUUCAAUUAAAACAUCAAAAAUAAGAAGUUCUCAAUUCGGGUCAUGUUUUUUUUAUGGAUAUUUAAAUUAAAGCUUUAAUCUUUUUAAAUUAGCUAAUGUUUAUAACGUUUCACAAUUUAACAACAUCUCAUUUUAAAUUCUUAAAUUUGAUUGUAAUUAUUGAAUGUAAUAGUAAUUUUAAUAAUUAAAUUAAUUAGUUAAACAUAAUUACUGAAAAUGCUAAUUCACAAUCAAAAGACUUGUGUGUUUGAAAUAUUGAAUUUAAUGUAAAUUAUUUCCUUAUGAAAGUGCCUUAAAAGUAAUAUGAUUAAAAUACAAUAGAUAAUUAAGCUAAUUAUUACAAUUUCUCACAAGUUCUUAAAACAGGAGAAUUACAUUAUACAGGGUGCUUUUUUCGACAACCCAUAGAUCUGUUUGUCUGAUCCCCCUGGUGAGGGGAAUCCAUUUACAUUUAGUUUUUAUUAAUGAUAUAGAGGGCAGAAGUAAAGAGCACCAUCUUGUAUAGGGGAGAAGUUGAAAAAGUGUUCACUUGUAAACAAGUUAUUGUUGGAAGACUCAAUGAAAUAGCACUAGUGUAGGAAGUGGAAAUGAUAUGAAUAUAGCAGUUUUUGAACAGAGUGAAGUGUCGUAGGUUAUGGUGUUGUUUUUAACAUCUCUCCACUUGCUGCUAUGGCUUCCUUUCAGUGGACACUGUUUAAUAUACAAAGAUGAUGCUCCUUACUCCUACCCUCCAUAAUUAAUGAAUAUACUUUUAGUACUCCUUGAAACAGCUUAAACACGGUGUAAUAACUGUAAUAACUGUUCGUUUACUUGUCUAGGGGAGGACGUGUCUUUCUCUCUCUCUGUCUCUUUGUGUCAUAUUGAAUGUUUAAUGAAGGCAAUUAAGCAAGUGUUGUAGUUAUUGUAAACAAUCACUAGUUCCCUCCUUUUCUGUAGUUGAUGUGAAAGGGAUGCACCGCUUGUCACCGCGUGCUCUACGGUUACUUGUGAGCUUCUAGUGUUGGCUGCGUGACGUCACACGAGAUUUUAAAUGUUCUUAUUUUGAUAUAACUGCGUAUCUUAUAAUCUUAUGAGAUGAUUAAUGUUUGUGAAAAGAAAAACGAUUAAUAUUUUAAGAUUAUUUUAAUUUAAUUUUAUUAAUCAUUCCAAUUACUAUUAUUAUUAUUAAUUCCAUUAUAUUAUUUUAAAUUAAGUUAUUAAUAAGACUGAACUGAUCUGAUAUUAUUUGAAUGGUAAAAAAAACAGUAAUUAUUUGGUUUUUCAAAAUAAAGCAUAUAUGUGUUUAUGUUUAGUGUCGGCAAUCCGGUAGCGAUGCAUUGACAUCUUUAUUGCCAUGGCUGAUGGUCCCUAAACCGUCCGCGCCCGCGCCCCCCGCACAGUUCGGUAGUUAGCGCUCCUGACACGCAGUCCGGGUCGUGGCUUCGAUUCCCACAUCCUACAAACGUUCGUGUGAUGAACAGAUUUGUUUGCUCUUUGUCUGGGUGUUUAUAAAAGAUGAAAAAAUAAACACGCGAAUACAUAUGAAAGUAGAUUUUCUAAUAGGUUGUUCGGAAAGUAAUUUCGUUUUUUUUGUAAAAAUGAACCCAUACAUUGAGCUUAGAGGAUAAUCCCAGGCCUUUCAAGUGGCCAUAAACUGUUGAAUUUGAUAAAUUUAACCUCAAUCCGAUCGCACGUGUUGUUAUUCGCCAGUUCGCAUCAACUAAUGUC